AUGCUACCAGAGCCUGGCCCGUCGUCCGCUAUCCCGGCUGGUUCGUCAGAUAUAUCAACACGACCGAUAGCAUCAACAAGACACAGGAGACAGGAAUCAUUCCGAUCGCUUCGAUCCCAAGGCAGCGAUGGCUCAGGAAUCGCAUCCAGCCCGACGUAUCCAUAUCCACCGCCUCCGACUGCAACACAAUCUACUUUCGGCUUCCAGUACCCGCUACCUCCAUCAAAUCCCCCUGGAUACGAGGUCCCCACCGCUUACCUUGACCUCGAUUUGAUCAUCCUCAAAGCGAACCAGUCUUAUCGACAGAUUAUGGCGGCAGGGCAAGAGGCAGCUGGACGGCAAUUGAGUGAUAUCGCUGCACCUGCCGAUGGCGAGACCUUUCAGAGCAUCAGAAAUCGUUUGCGACUUGAGCGCGACAAUCGCGAUCCUGCUUACAUGCCGCCAAUAAAUCAACCAGGGCAAGAUCCUUUACAAGGUGCUGUGGAAGCCGAUGUUGAGCGGUACACGCAAGGAUCUGAUGAUAACACAUACACUUGGACCCAGACCCAGCUGGGGCCAGCAGCGCAAACGUUUCCAGCGAGAGUCAGGUUGGCAAAGGCGAACACAUAUUUUGUCGCUAUCACACUACCCAGCUUUCGGCCAGUGGAUCAGCCGCCUCCUGCUCCACCUCCAAUAUUCACACGAAUACCGCAACCUCUGGCGCCUGGAAUACAGACACAGACGCCGGAGAGCUAUGCAUCUCCCGCACGACAAAUGGCAACGCAGUCAGCACCACCGGCCGGAUACCUCACCUUUCCAGGCGCUGUUGUUCCAUCACAGCCAGCACCGCGAUCUGCCGGGCAAACUGCUUCAUCUCGAACAUUUCCAGGCACACAGCCGCCUCUGCGAUACCAACAACCACAACCACCGCCGACUUUCGCCCCGUUUCAGCCAGCAACAGGCACGUCGAGGCUGCCGGUCGCCGAGCCACCCACAGAGGCCAAUCCGCCGUACACUCCACGGAGUACCACUCGCGAGCUUCCUCCUCCAGGAACACCGGAUCGUGGAGGCAUACAGCUUCCACCUAUCGUUGCCAGUCCUGCCCCGGGAGGCGGACAACCUGGACCGAUUGCAGCGGGCCCAUCCGAGUCCCGCCCACCGACACAACAAGGGGAAACAUCUGAAGCUGAAGUCGACGACGACGGCCGUCCCGAAUCAUCUCGAAAGCGUCGACGAAUGGACAUUGACGACGUCCUACAUCGAUGA